AUGUCGGACUCUGGGUCAGAGUUUCCAAACGCAGAAGACUGGGUCAUCCAGGAUUUCCGCCUCACCACCCACUACCAUAAGCUGCUGGCCGGCCUUCAAAGUGGCUUGACGCAGGAUUGCUGCCUCAUCCAUUGUCAGGCGUUUGACUCGACCUGUUCGUCGGCUUUAAAGUCGCUGAUAGCAGCCGCUUCUGCCUCUCCGAAUAACCACUCGUCUCGCCAAACUUCGGACCUGAACGUUGGCCUCGAAACUCCAAAAUCGAAGAUGUCCGAGCGGCCAGGUCGAGCCUGUGCCGAAUCGCCGUUCGGCCCCGAGGCCACUUGGUCAAACGAGCUUGCCCACUCGAGAUGCCUGAUAACCAGGGAGGUGUAG